AUGACUCUCUCGUCGCUGAUCGGUGUAGCUUCCGCGUUGCUUUUGGUCCCAGUGCUCGGUGUCCCGAUGGGCGCACGAGACACUGCCGCUGGCCCUAUCGUUAACAUCACCUACGGUGCGUUCCAAGGAUUGACAUCAGGCGGUGUCUCCCAGUUCCUCGGCAUUCCGUUCGCCAAACCACCGAUAGGAGCACUGCGGUUUGGGUUACCGGAGCCCCCAGACCCUCUCGAAGGGAUUCAGCAAGCGACCAGCUUUGGACCAUCUUGCCCCCAGCAGCUGAUUGUCCUACCGGAAGAGCUGCCGAGUAACUUCUCAUUGCCAGUCUUGGAUCUCAUCUCUGAAGACUGCCUAUAUGCUAAUGUCUGGGCGCCUGCGGGCGCAACUCCGGAGGACAAUCUCCCGGUCAUCUUUUGGAUUUAUGGAGGUGGAUUUGAGAUUGGUUCCGCGACAGGUUACGAUGGGAGUCUUUACGUUGAACGCUCCAUCGCCUUGGGUGAACCAGUCAUAUUUGUCUCCCACAAUUACCGCAUGAAUGCUUUCGGCUUCCUGGCCAGUCAAGAAGUGGAAGAAGCUGGACUGACUAACGUCGGCUUGCGAGAUCAGAGGUUGGCGAUGGAAUGGGUGAACCAAUACAUCUCCGCCUUCGGGGGUGAUCCAAGCAAAGUAAUCAUAUGGGGUGAGAGCGCUGGUGCCUAUUCGGUGGCUGCUCAUAUCAUUUGGAAUAACGGUGACCCCGCUGGUUUGUUCCGAGGAGCAAUUAUGGAAUCUGGUUUCCCAGUCGCUCUUCACACCGUCUCCGAGGGGCAGCCAUUCUAUGAUCAGCUCGUGCAAUCCACUGGCUGUGCUAAUUCUCCAGAUACGUUGGACUGUUUACGCUAUGCAGACUACGAACUAUUGCAAGUGGCCAUCGCAUUGACCCCCACCGCGUUCAGUUAUACUGGCUUGAGUCUUGCAUGGGAGCCGCGUAUCGAUGGCACCCUUAUCAUUCAGAAUGGGCAGCGGUACGUAGAGCAGGGAAUAUAUGCUAGGGUGCCGAUCAUUGCCGGAGACUGCGACGAUGAAGGCACGCUGUUUUCAUUCGGCAUGUUGAAUAUCACCACUGAUGAUGAGUUUCUUGCGUACAUACAAGAGAACUAUGUCCUUGGGGCCUCAAAUGCAGACAUCUCACGCGUUGGGGACGUCUAUCCCUCGAACCCUAGCGACGGGUCUCCUUUUGGUACCGGUGAUCUCAACGCCUUGACGCCCCAAUUUAAGCGACUUGCAGCAUUUCAAGGCGAUUGGAUGUUCCAAGCUCCCCGACGGUAUAUGCUCGAGGUGAUGUCCAAGACUCAAGACACCUGGGGAUAUUUGUACAAGCGUGGCAAGGCGACCCCAUUCCUAGGCAGUUUCCACGCUUCUGAUCUGCUCGAGUUCUUCACCCCCAUUGAUUAUAUUGGAGUCGACGCAAUCAUCAAUUUUGCCAAUACUCUAAACCCGAACACACCGCCCAAUCUACCAGGAGCGGCUCUCAGCCUGCUGUCUCUUUAUACGUGGGACCAGUGGGGCUCUGACCCCUCUUCUCCGCCCCUCUUGACCUUUGUUGAUCCGACGCCAUUGAUUGAGACCACAGUGGACACGUAUCGUGCAGAUGCAAUGCAGCUACUGACGAAUCUGUCGCUGCAGAUUCCGUAG